GGCAAGUUUUGUUCCCGCGUCCGAUAUGAGCGGGCGCCUACUCGAUCUAGGAAUUACCGAAUCCUUCGACCUUAUCCUUUUCUGCCUUUUUACUCUCUAAUUUUCCCUUUAUAUAUAUAUAUAUUUCUCUUAAUCCCUUCUUUUCAAUCAAACAGUAACUCCUAAUCUCUCAGAUUCUUUGAAGUUUAAACCCUCUCUGUGAAUUGAUUCCAAUCUCCCCAGAUUUACACAUCAAUGGCAGCGUAUGAGAAGGGAAGGGCGUCAGUAGGGGGAGGGGGACCUCUACCAAAAUUUGGGGAGUGGGACGUGAACAAUCCGGCAUCGGCUGAAGGAUUUACAGUCAUAUUCAACAAGGCCAGAGAUGACAGAAAGUCUGGUGGAACUCCAUUGAUUAAUGUUGCAGCAGCACCAGAAAAAUAUGCUUCCCGUAAAAAAAGUGACAAAUAUAAUAAUCACCCCAAAAAGAGCAAGUGGCUUAUCUGCUGCGGUUCUUAGGGUUUCUGGACAUUGACUCAUUCGAAAGAAUCUUGCACGACAAGAAAACAAUAUUGUUCUUCUUAUUCCUUAAUCCUUUUUUUUUUCUUUUCAAUUUUGAUGUGUUACUCCUUGAUUUUUCCAUUUCAAGGAGAGCGAUAUAUUGAGGAACGAAUAAUGAAAUACUAUUUAAUUUUUUUCA